CCGCCGCUUCCCACACUGCCAUUGAAUCGUUAUCCGAUCCGUUCCUGGGCCUCCGCCUCCAGUGAACGUCGUCGCGGUUUUACGCUAACCUUAGUUCAUUCAGUGAUAAGUGCGUCAAUCGCGAAUAGGUGUUCUUGCGAUUACUUUAUUUGCGAGUUUAGUUACUUGUAUCUUUUCGAGUUUUUACUGCUGUCCUUUGCCAUUCUUGUGGAAAAACGCGAUCCAUGCUUGGAGUUAUGACUACCAUGGUACUGUCUCUGGGCGCAACGGCAGGCCACAAGGGAACCACGCAGCCCUCUCACCCCUGCACUAUCCUCCACCAUUCUCCUUAUAAGGCCGCUUGGGAUUGGUUGAUUCUGAUCCUAGUGAUCUACACGGCGAUAUUCACUCCGUACGUAGCUGCCUUCCAGCUCAACGAGCCCGACUUUGACAAACGCUCGCGCAAAUUCGGAGAAGAUCCUAUUGUCGUCAUCGAUAUGAUUGUUGACGUGACGUUUAUAGUAGACAUCCUUAUAAACUUCCGCACGACGUACGUGAACGUCGCGGAUGAGGUAGAAUCGGACCCGGGCAAGAUCGCCAUGCACUACCUGCGGGGCUGGUUCCUCAUCGACCUCGUAGCUGCUAUCCCCUUCGAUCUCCUGCUCUUCGGCACCGAUACCGACGAACAGGGGCUGGAAAGUGAUGAGACGACCACACUCAUCGGGCUGCUGAAGACGGCCCGUCUGUUGCGGUUGGUGCGGGUUGCCAGAAAGAUCGACCGUUACUCGGAGUAUGGCACUGCUGUCCUUCUUCUCUUAAUGGCUACAUUUGUUCUCAUCGCUCAUUGGCUGGCUUGCUUAUGGUACGCAAUCGGCAGCUGGGAGCGUCCGCAACUGCACGCGCCCAUUGGCUGGUUGGACGCGCUCGCCAAUGACGUGCAAGCUUCUUACGACAACUCCACUGGCCCUUCAAUGAGAUCUCGAUACAUAACAGCAUUGUAUUUCACCUGCACAUCGUUGACCAGCGUAGGUUUCGGAAAUGUGGCGCCCAACACCGACAUGGAGAAAGGUUUCACGAUAUUCGUCAUGCUUGUAGGAUCUCUGAUGUACGCCAGUAUAUUCGGUAACGUGUCGGCAAUCAUCCAAAGGCUCUACUCAGGGACAGCUCGCUACCACACGCAGAUUCUCCGAGUGCGGGAGUUCAUUCGAUUCCAUCAGAUCGCAAACCCUCUCCGCCAGCGAUUGGAGGAGUACUUUCAGCACGCGUGGAGUUACACGAACGGCAUUGACACGUCCAGCUUGCUGAAAGGGUUCCCUGAAUGCUUGCAGGCAGAUAUUUGCCUGCAUCUUAAUAGAAAUCUGCUGGCAAGCUGUUCUGCUUUCGACGGCGCUAGUCCUGGCUGCUUGAGAGCGCUGUCCCUUCGUUUCAAGACGACACACGCACCACCUGGCGAGACUCUCGUCCACAGAAGUGACGUGCUCACUUCCCUCUACUUCAUCUCAAGAGGAUCCAUCGAAGUAUUAAAGGAUGAUAUCGUUAUGGCCAUAUUGGGCAAAGACGACAUAUUCGGCGAGAACCCGUGCAUUUAUCCGACUGUAGGCCGUAGCAACUGCCGCAUACGUGCAAUCACAUAUUGUGACCUACAUCGAAUACAUCGUGAUGACCUGCUGGAUGUGCUCGACUUCUAUCCAGAGUUCCGCAGCUCCUUCGUCAAUAACCUUGAGAUCACAUACAAUAUGAGAGACGAGGAGCUGGCCGGUAUCGAGCCCAAGCGUCGCAUGCGCUAUGAAAACCCAGGCGAUGCCAGACUUCUACGCGAGGCAUACGCGAGAACCACGCGGAAACCGCACACUGAAACGUUUGCAGAAAAGGUGGACUCGCAAUGCAGCGACGAAGAAACAGAGUCACCAGCAAGUCGGGGUAUCUUGGAAUUUUCAACCGACAAAGCUGGACAGGACGUGACUCCGCUCAACUUCAACUUUAGUAAGCAACGGUCCACCACGCUCAAUUCCAUCACUGGCAUGCUAGCGCAACUUAAACGGAGCUUCCCAGACCUCUACCACCAUAAAACACACCAGCCGCUGCACAACAAGUACUCGCAAUCAACGCCGCAGACGUAUCGAAGCCGAGCAGCAGUGCGGCGACAGUCGUCUGUGGGCCCUCUGCACGAUACGUCGCCGCUGACGGGCGCGGGCGGCGAGGCGGCCGUGAGCACACCCGCACAUAGCACCACGCUGCCCGUCUCCAGCCUCAGCACCAACCCCAGCUCAUACUAUACCAACGCGUCGCCCAGCCCUCCGGCCGCGCACUCUGUGCAUCCGCCCGUUCCGACGCACCUCUCCUGUGACGAUAUCCUGGCGCCCUCAGCGUCCGCGCAAACGCAUCGCGCGCCUUCGUCGCGCUCCGCGCCGCACUCCGCACUGAACCUACAUCACGCCGCCGGCGCCCCCGUCCCUCCGCCCGGCACUACGCCAGGGCGACCCACCGCGCUUUUCUUCACUGCCGAAAGACAAAAUGCUGCACAGGUACCUAACUAUGCACUAGCUAAAAUGCUACGUGAGCAUUCACUAGGCAUGGUUGCUGGAAAUUUUAAUGUAAAAAUACCGCGGCAUGUGUAUCUGUUCCAGGAUGCAAUGUCCCCACAGUAUCAAAAUGUGGGCUCGACUGCGUCAGUGGCGACCGUACUGACACGGCUAGACGAGCUUAGCCGGCGCGUUGCGGCGCUAGAAAGCGGGCUGACGGCUGAUGUGCGCCGCAUUCUGCAACUGUUGCAAGCACGCGACCAGCCGAUCGCGUCGCAUAACGCCGCGCACACGCCCUCACAGCCUCUGCCUAAGGCAUCCCUAUCGGUGCCACAGAGUGAUAGUACAGCGCAAUGGGAGUGGAACUGGAACGACGAACGCGAGAAAGAGCGUGAGCGUGGCGGCAGCGGCCGUGGAGGUCGCGGGGAGCGCACGCCGAGCGUGCAGCGGUCGGCGUCGGAGCCGCACGCGCCGGUGCCGCCGGUGCUGCCGCCGCCGCCGCAUUCACACUCGUUCUACAGGUAGUGUGAGGCAGGCGAGACGAGCGCCCGCCGCGCCCGGCGCUCGACGCGCUCGCUCGCCGAGUCGGCGUCGUGCAGCUCGCUGGCGGACGCGCCAGAGCCGUCCGCGGCCGGCGGCACGCGCCCGCUCACGCCGCGCGCGCGCUUCCACUUCUGCCGACGUAUCUCGCGCCUGCGCCAUGACGAUGCCCGCACCUGCCUGUGACGCGGCCCGACCCGACGACGCAUGGACCAAUUUUGUACUUCCGUUAACGCCUAUAGAACACGUCCUCGCGAGACGCGAGCCUUACCCGCCCGCGCGGAGUCCAUUUACGACGAAUAUUGACUUGAGUGUGGAGACGAGCGGUCCUCGAAAAUUAUCGGUGGACGCACUCGGAACUUGUAGCCGUUCAGAAUACAUACUAAGUAGUAUUAAUGAACAGUGAAAGUACACGAGUGGUUUGAAACGCAAUAAGUGAUGGAUAUAUAGGGUGCUUUAUGUUUUUUUGUAAUUUACAGGCUUUUUAAUGGAAGCCAUAUUUACAUUAUUAAUAACACGUACUGAUAUAAUAAUUCAAUAGCACUAUCUGACAGUAUUACUGGUCGACGAUAUUCUAUGCGCGCCGGACGUCGUCUGCAGCCCGGCGGACAUGCAGCGGUUCAAGAGUAUCCUCUUGUUUAAGUUAGCAUCAGCUGAUUCUGAAUGAGGUUUAUAAGACUGAGAGACUACGUAACUACCGUGAACUGUAUUUCCAGAAGAGAGUAAACGAUAAACGCUUUCUACCCGUCCUCGCUCCUCGCCUUUACAUUGUAGCUAGGUAAUGUGUACUCUACUGUGUCAAGAGCUAUUGACAUACUCUUCGGUGAAGUGCGUACCUAUGUAUGAGGAACACUUGAACACUAGGUUUAUACACCUACCGCGUUGUCUCUACGUAAAUAUUUAUCGUACCUACGUAAAUAUUUAUUUUACGAUUUCCAUUUUUGUAUGUAGGUACUCACUGACUAUCAAAAACAUUUAACAUUUCGCAAGUGCAUAAACCACACAAUAUUGUUUUACUUAGGCCGCUAACAGAUUGACUGCAUGUUUGUAGUUAAUGCGUGAAGAUGAUAACGACUUGCAGUCGAGGUCUCGAUUGCGUGAAAUUGAUUACGACUUCACGCAUUAACUGCAGACAGGGAGUCAAUAUGUUAACGGCCUUACACUCGAGAAUAUAGUCUAUAUUUAAAAAAUCCUUUACUUCCUGUAAGUACUUUACUUUGUGAAACUAAUAAAAAUUAAGCUCAAAUUGUAGUUACGUUGUAACUUGUAUCCCUAUCCUAUAAAUGGAGUAAGAGGUUCGCCAAUAUCAUCGUAAGCAAUAAUAAAACCUACCAUUACAUAUUGUAAGAAUCAUGGUGAUUAUAUUUUUAUGUAUAAGAGGCCGUUCCAUCGUGAUUAUAAAAGUAUUAAGACAUAUUCAGAUAGUGCUACGUACGACUUCGUUGUUAUGAUUCUCAACAUUGUUAUUAACUUAGUACUAGAUCUGUAAUGGUGUCUCUGAUGCUCACAUUACGUCAAUUAGCAUAUAUUUACUAGCACACUUUAUCAAAGCGGCUUUUAUAACAUUGCAGAUAGAAAAUAUGAAAUGAGAGAAAAAAUGCAUAAUUAACGAAUUUACAACAAUCUGAGAGAUUGCUGAAUUCGAAACUUUAAAGCUU